AUGCCUUAUGCUAAUUCCAACUGUAAUGGAAAAAUCUGGUUCUUUGUGCAACACAAUGUUGAUGUUGAGGUUCUAUUGGAUACUGAGCAAUCUAUUACUGUAAAGUUGCAGUUUCAAGAUUUCAAUAAAGAUAUGGUGGUUACAAUGGUGUAUGCUAAAUGUUCAAAAGUGGAGAGACUGCAAUUGUGGGACAGUUUAUACCUCUUGACUAGUAAUAUGACAUCUCCUUGGCUGGUUGGUGGAGAUUUUAAUGUUAUAAUGAAUGAAGAAGAAAAAAUAGGAGGUUUACCAGUUUUGCCACAAGAAUAUGAGGAUUUUGCUUUUUGUCUGAAUUCCUGUGAGUUGCAUGAGAUGCCUUUCAAAGGGAGUCCUUUCACCUGGUGGAAUGGUAGGGCUACUAAUGACUGCAUUUUUAAGAGAUUGGACAGGAUUGUACAUAAUGAUACAUUUCAGAAUUGGUUUGGACACUUAGGGGUGGAACAUUUGUCAAGGACUGGUUCUAAUCACGCACCAUUACUUGUAUCAUGUGGAGAUCAAGUGGAAAAGUUUGUUAAACCAUUCAGAUUUCUCAAAUUCUGGCUCAAGAUGAAGAAACUGAAAACUGCUUUAAGUACAUGGAGUAAGACUACUUUUGGUGACAUUUUUAAACAACUUGCUAUCAGAGAGGAAAUAGUUAAGAUUAAGGAGCAGUUGUUUGAAGAAAAUCCAUCUGAAGAAAAUAGAAUGGUCAUGCAAAGGGCACAAGCAGAACUUAAGAUGUAUCUUCAUUAUGAGGAGGAAUUCUGGAGGCAAAAAGCCAGGAUGGACUGUUUUUCUGAAGGUGAUAAGAAUACUAGAUACUUCUAUAGUCUAGUAAAAGGAAGAACAAAAAGAAUCCAAAUUAGGAGGAUUAAAGAUGAUGCUGGUAAUUGGCUUGAGGAUGUUGAUAGUGUUGCUGCUCAAGCUGUCAACUUUUUCCAUAAGCAAUUUACUCAUGAAGAGGUUAGUGAAGAUUCUCCAAUUUUUAAUCAUAUUCAAGAGCUGAUCACAGAAGAGGAUAAUACACUACUUGCUGAACAACCUACUAUGGAGGAAGUACAGAAGGUUGUAUUUGAAUUAAAUGGGGAUAGUGCCUGUGGCCUGAUGGAUUUUCUGGCACAUGGUUUCUUUCAUUCUACAAGGGGUGUCAAGCAAGGGGAUCCACUCUCUCCUGCUCUUUUCAUUAUUGCUGCAGAAGUUCUUUCAAGGGCACUAAAUUCUUUAUUUGAUUAG